AUGGAGUCGGCCAUGGCCAGCGUCGAUCUCGGCCGGUAUCGUCGACUGGUCCAAAUGUUCUGGGACCCGGAGCCCGCCAACGACAUCGGCACCGACCAGCCCGUCUGGUGCCUCGGUCGCACAUAUAAACUAUCCGACAAGACGAGGCAAGAGACAACGCCCUCCGCGACCUCGUCGACGAACCAGUCGGAGACCCCGCCAGAGUCAUUGUCAGGGAGCUUCUCCUCGUCCCUGGCCUAUGAAGAGCCAGCACGAGACGGCAGCGGCUGGCCUCAGGGCUUUGUUGACGACUUUGGGUCGAGGUUCUGGAUGACAUACAGGUAUGGCUUCGAGCCCAUACCAAAGUCUCGCGAUCCAGGGGCCAUAUCCGUGCUGUCACUGUCCAUGCGCCUCAAAAGCCAGCUGGGCGACCAAAUCGGCUUCUCGUCCGAUAGCGGAUGGGGCUGCAUGAUCCGGUCUGGUCAAAGCCUUCUUGCAAACGCAAUGGCCUUGCUACGGCUGGGGAGAGACUGGCGUCGAGGCGAACUUCGACAAGACGAGCGCCAACUCGUCAGCCUAUUUGCCGAUGAUCCGCGAGCGCCGUACUCCAUCCACAAUUUUGUGCACCACGGUGCCAGUGCAUGUGGAAAGUACCCGGGCGAAUGGUUCGGCCCGUCUGCGACUGCUCGUUGCAUAGAGGCCCUCGUGAACAAACACGAGCCGUCUCUCCGGGUAUAUUUGACUGGAGAUGGACCCGACGUUUACGAGGACAGCUUUAUGAGCAUUGCGAAACCUGACGGAAGCCAGUUUCACCCAACAUUAGUUCUCAUGUCGCAGUCCGUGGGAAUUGCUGGCGGUCGUCCCUCCUCAUCCCACUACUUUAUCGGCGCACAAGGGUCGUUUCUUUUCUACCUCGACCCCCAUCACACGAGACCGGCCCUGCCCUACUAUUCCGACACGGAACAGUACGCAGACGAUGAUAUUGACUCUUGCCACACGUCCAGGUUGCGCAGAAUACACGUCCGGGAAAUAGACCCGAGCAUGCUGAUUGGGUUCCUGAUUCGCAGCGAGGAUGAUUGGCUGGAAUGGCGGAGAUGCGUCAAGCAUGUCCAAGGGAAAGCAGUCAUACACGUUGCAGAUCAUAACGUAACCACCCAAGGCUCGGAGAGUCAAAGGGAAGACGCGAUCAACGAAGUGGAGACGUUGAGCGACAAUGACAGCGACAUAGUCAUUGACGCAUAG